CAGGCUGGCUCCAAGAACCGCGCCCUGUGCGCGCUUCAGAAGUUUGUGAAAACGCUCAUCGGCCAGUUCGACGAGCAGACGACCAAGGUGAUCGGCUUCAAAGAGAUCAGGCACCUCAACCGGAAGCAGCUCUCCUUCUUCAAGAAGGUUUUCCCUGGGGCCAAGAUCAUCCUGAACACGCGGAAGAACCUCCACACCCAGCACCAGUCCCAGUUCCAGAUGGACAUUCCCCUCGAGGAGCUGUCGAAUUGGACCAAGGAGCUGGAGCUCUUCCAGGCGGACAACCCGCAGGACACCUUCCUCCUGCACCUGGAGGAGUACAACGCCAAGACCUACAACCGGAUUCUGGACUUCCUGCAGGUGCAAGGCUGCUACUUCGCCUUCGUGGCGCACGCCAACCACGGGUGGCACUGGAACGACGACCAGGCCCACGCCCAAAGGGCUCUGAAGGGCUCGUGCGUGAUCGACCCGUGGAAGAAGGAGGGCUGCACGGACACGGCCGAGCCGAUGAGCCUGAGCCAGGACCUGGGCCAGAACUCGUCUGGAGCGCUGAGCCUGAGCCAGGACGUCGGCUCGUUGGGCCCGGCCGUCUGAGCCGGCGCGGGGCCGCGGCGGCGGCUUGCCUUUCCCCGUUCCCCUCUUCCCCUUCCCCCCCUCCUCCCCCUCUCCUCCUG